CAUCUGCAACUAAUCAGGUAAAAAUGGCUUCUUUCCACGAUGCACAAGAGUUCUGGGGUAACCAAGGUGAAGAGGAGGAUGUUGAUGUGAUAUCCGUGGAGCCUAUCGCGAUGAUAGUGCCACCGGAGUUGCAGGAUUCGCCCAGAACCGCCGCGCCGGAGAAUAGUGCCAGUUCAAGCGCGGGUGGUGGUUCUGAGGGCCACCGGCCUUCAACCUCUAGUGAUUCGCCCACGGUGGAGACAGCCAGUGAAGCGGAGGGCGUUGAGGAGGUUGGUUGCAGUGCACUGGCGACGAGUGCAGCAACGGAGGUCGUAGUGUUCGAGGGAUGGGAGAGCAAGGUUCUCAGUGGGAGGCUGGACAAUCUCCGCAAAGCUCCCAAAACACUACCGGCCGGGUUCAGGUUCAGGGCGGCACUGCAUCACGAAGUUGCAGAUGGCGCAGCAACAGUGAAGAGGUAUAAAAAAUUAGAGGAGAUGGUGAGGAGGUACCAGAUCCCCAGAACCAUCCUAAUCCGAGCUAGGACAUUGAACGAGCGGGCGUGCUCAGUGUCGCGGACGGGCUGGGUGCCAGUAUACGUAGACCAUUUUGACGCCGGUCUACAUUUUCCUUUGCCCGGAAUAAUUUUUGACGUCUUGGCAAAGUACGAGCUGGCCCUUUCGCAACUUACUCCCAACAGCAUAAAGUUCAUCAUAGGCUUUAUGCUGUUGUGCGAAAGGUUGGGGAUGCUUGCAAAGGUAGCGGUCUUCAGGUCGCUCUUCUUGUGUAGAUUAUGCCCGUCUACCAGUGGAACGAGAUGGUAUUACAUCUCGGGCAGAAAGAAGAUGAUGAUAUUCACCAACAUUAGGAAUAAGGUGGCGAGGUGGAAGAGACAGUUCGUUUUCAUGCAGGAUACACGAACUGAGCGGAUUAACAACAAGCUCGCCACCCGUCUGUCUGAGUGGCGCACGCCGAACACGUACAUGAACUACCCUCAGCUGACAGUUGGUGAUAUCGACUUGAAGAACCGGCUGCUCGAUCACGUGAAGGCGAGGGGUUUGGUGGAUCUGGAAGCCUUGGUUACCCUAGACCAGAUCGCACUUCUUGGGUUUAUCGACGUGGCAAACCUUCAUGGGGAAGGAGAAAUGAGUAGCAUCCUUGAGAGACAACGACAGCGAGCUCAAGGCUCAAGGGGCCGGGGAGCUGGGUCUGGUUCCCAGCGUCAGUCCCGCUUUGACGAGCGCCCACCUGCUGCACCGGGGCGCAGCUCCCAGCAUCGAAGUUCCAGCUCGGCACAGAGGCCGCGUGCCGAGCAGAGGACGGAGCCUGCGCCUUCCAGCUCUAGAAGGCACACAAGGGAAGAGUCUGACGCGGAGGAUGACGUCCCUCUCAUCCGGCGAAGGACAAGUACUGGCUCGCAGCCUGCUCAGGCCGUUGCUGCACGACCGGGCAACGUGCCCCCAACUUCAGCUUGUGAGGUCGCCGAGCCAGCACCAGCCUCGUCGUCUGUAGCGGGGCCUAGGAUUGCAUACCCAGAUGGCUUCAAUUACGUACGAACUGAGUGCCAUGCUGCUAUGCUGCAGGGUAUGCAGAACUUCGUGCCCCCUACAGACUGGCUGCGCGCGAAGGAGCAUAUUCAGCAGCAUGGGGGACAUGUUACUCUGAUCAAGCUGAUGGAUGCGUUCAGCUACACUGUCGCACUCUUUGAGUGCGAGCAAGGAGCGAGGGCGCAGAAUAACGAGCUCCAGCAGAACUGCAAACAACUGGCCUCUGAAAAAACCAGUUUGACUGACGAGGUUAGUCGUUUGCAGAGCUCAGAGAUAGCAAACCGAGCUGUGUCAGCUGAAAGCCGGGCUGACAAGCUGGCCCGCAAGGUCACCGAGCUGAGGGAGGAGCUGGACAGAGCUCGGGCUGAGAAGGAGAGCGGCAUUCAAGCUGCGAAGGAGGAGGCCGGCCGUGCAGAGGACCGGGCCAGAAAGGCAAAAGAUGAGAGGGAGAGAACUCUGCACGAGCUGAGCGGCUUGAGGGAGAGGGUCUCACUAGCGAAUCAGCACGUGGCCCGGGCUGAGGCGUCCUUGGAGAGGACCAAAAGACUCCACCAGCGCGACGUCUGCUUUGCCCGUGCACAAGGGGCUGAGUGGCUGGUGGGGGCAGAGAUGUUCCAGGACGCCGUAGUAGUGGCUGCAGCCAACACUACCACGGACAUUUUCAAUGAAGUUCGUGGGAAGGUGUUGGGAGUCCGGGCAGACUUCCCCAUUGGCGAGUUGGCCUUCUUCGAGGGCGAGGAGAUCGAUGCUGACGGGAAGAGCCUCGCCCAGCCAGCUGACACUAGGGUGAGAUUGAAGUGGGAGCUCAAUGAGGAGGGGCUGCCUGUGUGGCCCCCUUCUGUCGUUGAGGUGGCAGACCCCCAUGAUGUGCCUGCUGAGCCUUCCAGCACUCCCCCCUUUGCUCCACCUCAGCCUGCCGCGACCGAUGCUCCAACUGCUCUCUCUCCUGCUCACUUUCCCCCAGAUCGGUCGUCUCCAGCUCAAUUUGUUGCUGCACCAAACGACGCAUCCAUCCCCGUCGACCUGACGGAUGAUUAGUUUAGGACCUUUUGCUUUGCUUUUUGUAUUUCUUUUUGUCUUUUUAUGUUAAUCGAACACAUGUACAAGAACAUUCAUGAAAUACAACUCCAACAUUUGC